CCUGCCCUCUCCUCUCAAAGGAUACAGGGGAGUGACGCAGGAGGAUAGACGGAAAAACUGCGCCGAACCUCGAAAGAAGGAUUGGGUAGGGGGUGGUGCAAUAAGACAAAUUAUGCACACCCAAUUGUAAGUCACGGAACCUCCGUUCCCUAGAACUGAGACCGAAGCACGGCCUGUCUGGUCAGAGGACGCCAGACUCACCUGUUAUCUAUUUUACGCAUCCACCCACUAACCUUUUUAUGGAUGCGGCUCGAAUUUUGACAAUUGUUUGAGGUAGGCGAAGGUUAGAUAUUCGUGUUGACUGUUUUCUCACCGUGACCAGGAGACAUAUCCUUCCUCGAGUCAAUUGAACAGGUCUAAAGCUUGAAGCGGAUACAGGCCACUCCAUCGUUAGAAUUAGAAAAUAAAAUAAUUUAAUUGAUAUACCCAUUUUGACGACCUAACUUGGUUUUUCUUCUGCGACUCAGGACUGAUUAAUUUCCCACUUGAUCCUUCUAUUCAAAUGGAAAAAUAGUGUUGGUUAUAGGCUAUUGGUAAGCUAAUUCAUCAAUUUUUUAUUUGCAUCAGAGGGGAGGAUUCGCCAUACACCUUUUCGUAGCCUUUUUUUUUCUUCAACAUGAAUUACCUGCGUCGUCGGCUGUCGGACAGCAAUUUUAUGUCCAAUUUGCCCAAUGGGUACAUGACUGACCUACAACGCCCUGACCCGCCUCAGCAAGACCCUGCAGUAGAGUCGCCUGGACCACCAGAGAGGCGUAUGUCUACCAACCAACAUUCUGAGGGCACUGGAAGCGGAGCCGGAGCUGGCUUUUUAUCCUCCUUUACCAAAGCUGUCAAACAAACCACUGCCGCUGUCGCUGAGAAAGUCACCGAGGUAGCAGACAAAGCAGGCGUUGCCUCUGGUGCCAAGAUACUCCUGGUUAUUGAUGACCAACAGACAGACUGGUAAGGAGAUUGAUGUGUAAGGCUUGACGGCAUUAGACUCAAAUGUGGGCCAGUAGCCUAUGCUCCCAAUAAACUGGUCAUAAUUAGGAUAUAAUUAAAAUGUACUAUAGUCAUAACACACACACGCGCGCGCGCGUAGGCAUAUAGAGCGAGACAAAGCAAGACUAAUACAGUGUAUGUCAAAGACAUGUUAUCCACAGUCAUUACCUAAAUAGGCCACCGAAAUUGCUCGUUUGCACCACCAGCGCAUUCCAGGUGGUCUCGCGUCUGCCAGGCAUGGUAAACGAGACUAUGCUACAUAUUCAGAUGGUUCUGUCGUGACACAUAAGGAAGCAUGCAGAAUGUAAAAAUGUUAAAGGGAUAGUUCACCCAAAUUACAAAAUGACACAUUGGUUUCCUUUCCCUGUAAGCAGUCUAUGGACAAGGUAUGACCAGGUCACACUCUGGCCGAGAGCUGUGACUAAACUCAUUUCAGUACCAUAGAACCGACUACAACACCCUAGGUUUACACCAAGAGCAGAGGUAGCAGAUAUAUUUGAGAAUGGGCUUGAAUGGAAAUACAUGAAAGGAAAAUCAGAGGCAGGUAAUAGGUCAGACACACCGAGAAAUUUGACUGUCUACUUAGCACCUCUGCCCAGUGUUGGCAGUUAAAGCUGCUGUAUGUAACUUUUUGGGUGACCCAACCAAAUUCACAUAGAAAGAUAAGUUAUAGAUUGUCAUUCUCAUUGAAAGCAAGUCUAAGAAGCAGUAGAUCUGUUCUAUGUUUGCUAUUUCUAUACUUCCCAUUCUUAAGUUUCGUUUUUGCUUCUUUUAAUUUCAGUUUUGUACACCAGCUUCAAACAGCUGAAAAUACAAUAUUUGUUGAUUAUGGAAAAUAUAUUUCAAAGCGGUUUAGAUGGUACAAUGAUUCUCUACACUAUACUUGCUUGUUUUGUCACAUUAACUGAAAUUAGGCAAACUAUUAGAAUUUUAGCAACCAGGAAAUGGCGGAGCAAUUUCUGCAUAGUGCACCUUUAACCUUUUGUUGUGCAUAUAGAACAGUUUUACCUCAGAUUGGCUCCAUUUAAACACGGCAGGUCACAAGGUGGCAGUAGCUUGUUUGGCUUGUGCCUGCUGUAGCUAAUGUAAGCUAACUGGCAAGCUGCACUAAUGUUGUUGCUAGGUAGAAUUUGUAGUAAGCCCUUGGUGAAACUUAGCCACAGCUAGAUAACUAGUGUAGCUAGCAACAUAAUUAAAUAACAAUGGAUUCGUUUUUUGAUUGAAGCAGCUGCCUGCUAGCUGUUGAGAGUCAGUGGAGUAGCUAGCUAGUUAUGUUGUGCUAAAUGGCGAUGCAAACCAUUUAGCUAACUUUAGCUAGCAAGCAAACUGGCAGUCUGGAUAAUGGACAGUGGUGUAAAGUACUUUAAAGUACUACUUAAGUCGUUUUUUGGGGUAUCUGUACUUUACUAUUUAUAUUUUUGCCAACUUUUACUUUUACUUUACUACAUUCCUAAAGAAAAUAAUACUUUUUACUCCAUACAUUUUACCUGACACCCAAAAGUAUUGGUUACAUUUUGACAGGAAAAUGGUCCAAUUCAUAAACUUAUCAAGAGAACAUCCCUGGUCAUCCCUACUGCCUCUGAUCUGGCGGACACACUAAAUACAAAUGUUUUGUUUGUAAAUUAUGUCUGAGUGUUGAAGUGUGCCCCAGGCUAUCCGCCAAUAAAAAAUAAAAAUAAAACGUUGCCGUCUGGUUUGCUUAAUAUAAAGAAUUUGAAAUGGUUUAUACUUCUACUUUUACUUUUGAUACUUAAGUAUAUUUGAGCAAUUCCAUUUACAUUUGAUACUUAAGUAUAUUUAAAACCAAAUACUUUUAGACUUUUACUCAAGUAGUAUUUUACUGUGUGACUUUCACUUUUACUUGAGUCGUUUUCUAUUUAGGUAUCUUUACUUUUACUCAAGUAUGACCAUUGAGUACUUUUUCCACCGCUGAUAAUGGAGAGUGAAUUAAAUGAUUUCUUCAUCAUCUAGAUAGCUAGGUUGGUAAAUCAUUUAGUGUUGUGUGCAUUGUGCUGCACUUACCCAUUCGUUUCAUAUGAAGUGUGUGUGACUGCCUGGCGCAGUUGGCAAGCGAACGUUAGCUAGCCAGCCAACAAAUGAGCAGGUGCACAUUAUCAAACUGAACCUAACAAAAAAAAAUCCUUCUUCAAGCACAAAACUCCAAAGCUCAAUGUGAAAGAUGUAAAGACUUGCUCUAGAUUUUUGUGUUUAUUAUGCAGCGUUAUUGUUUUAGUUAGGAAGCUCAUUUAUUUAUCUCCCAAUUUUGUCUUUUAUCAACCAUUUUAGCUUCACAACAAAAUGGAGGGAGGACAUGAAACACAAUCAAAUAAUUGAAUCCAACAAAAACAGGUUUCAGUGCAGGUGGAGGUUAACCUUAUCCUUAAAUCAUCAUCUCAUCCAAGGAAUACUUCUCUUUGCAAAACCAAGGCUUCAAAGGCACUCUGCCACAGCCUCCACACAAACAUAGCUUAGCUUAGCUUAGCUUAGCUUAGCUUAGCUUAGCUUAGCUUAGCUUAGCUUAGCUUAGUUUAGCUUAGCUCUCACCUGCACCUUCCCCUGGGCGGCCACACCUCAAACAAGGGUUAUAAAGGGGCAGGGAAAAACAGUGAGCCAAUCACAUCAAUCAAUGAAUCAAGCAAUAAACAAGCUCUCUGUUAGGAGCACAUUGGCAGCUAGAAUUUGUGCAUCAUGUUCAAAUCAUCUAUAAGUGACUUUGUUGAGCUUCACAAUCAAUUUGAGAUACUUGUGUAAGAUGCCAUGAUGAUUUAUUGUUCCAAAAUAGUUAAUGUUCUUCUGUUUUAUUAAAUGUACGUACAUGUCACCAUCAUUUGAGUAUGCUUGUGUGAUAGGAUAGCAUUAAAAAAACGGCUGUCCAAAGUAGGCCUAGUUGCUAUUCAAGUCAAAUAUUUUCCUACCCCUCUUGCCUCUCUUCUUUAUAGGGUAAAGGUCUUCAAAGGUAAAAAGGUUCAUGGUGAAUUCGACAUUAAGGUGGAACAGGUGGGUUGCUCUUGCACCUUUGUUUUUACAUUGUCUCUUUUCCCUGUAGAAUUAUUUUGGUGACUGGUUUUCCCAUACAAGGCAUUAAAGACAUUGUGCUUUUUGUAGAAUAAAGGGGUGUUUGUGUGAACGAAAGAAGAACAAUUUAAGAUAGAGUUAGCUUUAUAUUUAAGUAAUUUAGCAGAUGGUCUUAUCCAGAGUGACAUACAGUAGUUAGUGCAUACAUUUUAAUUGGUCCCCCAUGGGAAUUGAACCCACAACCUUAGCGUUUCAAGUGCCAUGCUCUACCAACUGAGCCACACAGGAGUUGGAGAGGUAAUUUGAGGUAAUACAACACCUAAUGAGGCUCACAGGCCACCUCAUGAUGGGCAUUAUUGAGUGCAGGGAUUGAAGCACACAGAUAGACAACCCCUGCAUCUAGUGACAUUUUCAAACUGUGCAUUGAUGCUGCAGACCUACACUUACUGUAUGCAAUAAACAAUGAAUCAAAGAAAACACAAGACAUAAUUCACAUAUUGAAUUAUUGUUAAGUGGACUGAGAGUUGGAUAAUCAUUAAGUGUGAUAAAAUGUUUUUGUCACCCUGAAUCUGAUAGCAAUAUCUAUGGAAAAUAAGAUGAUCUUAUGGACCCCAAAACAUUUAUACCCGGUGGUGGAGUUAAUGCUACCAUCUGUGCUUUGUAAAUGAAGACUUGAACAUGUUUUGGGAUUAUUUUCUCUGCCUUGGGGCAUUUUCCAUCUCUCCUAUUUCUUUCUUCUCCUUUUACUGUAUGUUGCAUUAGAGAGUUUCCGCUAUGUGUGCCAUGAGUCUCUCAGGAGUAAUAGCCCUGUGCAAUGAAUGUCUCAUUAUCUGCAGAGGUGAUAGUCGUUACCUUGUACAAUCUGCCUCAUAGUAUUUGGGGACAAAAGCCAUUGAAUUAAUACAGUAGGGUAUUCCACACCAUCUGUCUUGAACAGUACCAGUCAAAAAUUUGGACACACCAUUCAAGUUUUAUUUUUUAUUUUUACUAUUUUCUACAUUGUAGAAUAAUAGUGAAGACAUCAAAACUAUGAAAUAACACAUAUGGAAUCAUGCAGUAACUAAAGAAGUGUUAAACAAAUCAAAAUAUAUUUUAUAUUUGAGAUUCUUCAAAAAGCCACCCUUUGCCUUGAUGACAGCUUUGCACACUCUUGGCAUUCUCUCAACCUGCUUCACCUGCAAAGCUUUUCCAACAGUCUUGAAGGAGUUCCCACAUAUGCUUAGCCCUUGUUGGCUGCUUUUCCUUCACUCUGCCACCCGACUCAUCCCAAACCAUCUCAAUUGGGUUGAGGUUGGGGGAUUGUGGAGGCCAGGUCAUCUGAUGCAGCACUCCAUCACUCUCCUUCUUGGUAAAAUAGCCCUUACACAGCCUGGAGGUGUGUUGGGUAAUUGUCCUGUUGAAAAACAAAUGAUAGUCCCACUAAGCCCAAACCAGAUGGGAUGGCGUAUCGCUGCAGAAUGCUGGUAGCCAUGCUGGUUAAGUAUGCCUUGAAUUCUAAAUAAAUCACAGACAGUGUCACCAACAAAGCACCCCCACACAAUAACACCUCCUCCUCCAUGCUUUACGGUGGGAACUACACAUGCAGAGAUAAUCCGUUCACCCACAAAGACACGGCGGUUGGAACCAAGAAUCUCCAAUUUGGACUCCAGACCAAAGGACACAUUUCCACCGGUCUAAUGUCCAUUGCUCGUGUUUCUUGGCCUAAGCAGGUCUCUUCUUCUUAUUGGUGUCCUUUAGUAGUGGUUUCUUUGCAGCAAUUCGACCAUGAAGGCCUGAUUCACACAGUACCCUCUGAACAGUUGAUGUUGAGAUGUGUCUGUGACUUGAACUCUGUGAAGCAUCUAUUUGGGCUGCAAUUCCUGAGGCUGGUAACUCUAAUGAACUCAUCCUCUGCAGCAGAGGUAACUCUGGGUCUUCCAGUCCUCAUGAGAGCCAGUUUCAUCAUAGCACUUGAUAGUUUUUGCGACUGCACUUGAAGAAACUUUCAAAGUCCUUGAAAUGUAUUGACUGAACUUCAUGUCUUAAAGUAAUGAUGGACUGUCGUUUCUCUUUGCUUACUUGAGCUGUUCUUGCCAUAAUAUGGACUUGGUCUUUUACCAAAUAGGGCUAUCUUCUCUAUACCCCCCUACCUUGUCACAACACAAAUGAUUGGCUCAAAAGUAUUAAGAAGGAAAUAAAUUCCACAAAUUAACUUUUAAGAAGGCACACCUGUUAAUUGAAAUGCAUUCCAGGUGACUACCUCAUGAAGCUGGUUGAGAGAAUGCCAAGAGUGUGCAAAGAUGUCAUCAAGGCAAAUGGUGGCUAUUUGAAUAAUCUCAAAUAUAAAAUAUAUUUUGAUUUGUUUAACACUUUUUUGGUUACUACAUGAUUCCAUAUGUGUUAUUUCAUAGUUUUGAUGUCUUCACUAUUAUUCUACAAUGUAAAAAUGAUGUUUGACUGGGAUUGCAACCUGUUACGAAUUUGCAAAACGUACAAUAUACUAAGAGUUAGGGUUAGGGAUUAGGGUUAAGAUUAAGGUUAGGGUUAAAUUUAGGAGUUAGGUUAAAGGGUUAAGGUUAGGGGAAGGGUUAGCUAAAAGGGUUAAGGUUAGGGUUAGGUGAAGGGUUAGCUAAAAUGGUUACGGUUAGGGUUAGGGUGAGGGGAAGAGUUAGCCAACAUGCUAAGUAGUCGCAAAGUAGAUACAAAUUAGUAAGGAGUUGAAAAGUUGCUAAUUAGCUAAAAUGCUUAAGUUGUCUAUGAUGAGACCUUACUUUUGUUUUUGCCUUAAUUAUCCAUCUGUCUUAUGUAACCAUACAAACGUAACAUAUCAUACUAAAUGGAGUAUUUUGGAUUUACGUACAGAAUAAUACAAAAUAAUCUGAGACCAGGUUGGGGAUUGACACUGAUGUUUUCCAUUCAGGCUGACUUCUCUGAAAUCAACUUGAUAGCUCAUGCUACGGGGGCCUAUAGUGUUGAUAUAGAAGCAAUCCGGAAUGAAACCAAGGUCACCAAGUAAGUCUACUGUACAUCCUUUGAAUACAGUGUUCUACGUGCUGUUUAAAGGCUGAGUGCAUUCAAAAACAUGAUUUUCAUGUGUUUUAUAUUUCCACACUAUGAGGUUGGAAUAAUACUGUGAAAUUGUGAAAAUGAUGAUAAUGUCCUUUUAGUGUAAGAGCUGCUUGAAAAGACCACCUGGUGACAGUCCUAGCUAAAGUCUUGCUUGAGAAAUUGCUCUUUGUGAAGAAGCUAUUUUUGUUUAUUUUUGACCAUUUUAAUUUAAAGCAAUCACAGCAAGAUACUUAAUUGUUACCCAGAAAUUAUUUGAUAUUGAGAAAAAAACUGCUGCAUUGGACCUUUAAGAUAGUCAUAAACAAAACAAAGAUAAUCAGUGUGUCAUGAUUUCUGAUGUUACAAGACAUGCAGGAUUUCUUACAGGUUUCAAGUGCAAUACCAGAAUAAAAUGUUCAUAUGUCUGUCUGAAUAUAAUGUAUUGAUAAUUUGUGGAAUUGUUUUGUAUUUUCUAUUUUGCAAGAUGUUUCAGGCCUGACUUUGUGCUGGUUAGGCAGCAUGCCUUCAGUAUGGCCAAGAAUGGAGACCACCGACACAUAGUGAUUGGGUUGCAGUAUGCUGGUCUCCCAGGUGUAAACUCUCUGCACUCUGUCUACAACUUCUGUGACAAACCAUGGGUGGUAAGUAGUGUUGCCCGGUAUACUAAAACUUCGGUACUUUUUUUAUGCUAGAACAUAAAAAAUGGUUUGGUACUAGAUUUUUUGUUACUUUCGGUACUUCUAUCAAAUGUGGCUCACGUCGUCUAGUAAUUGAGAGAGGAUCACGUCUGUCUAUCAGCGCAGCCGAUGUCCCCUUACAGCGCACCGUGCCUGCUCCACUUAAGGCAGCCGCAUACAUAGGUUAGGUUUGCUUCUAGCAGAACUCGGCUAUGCGAAACGAACGUCUGUGCUCUGCAAUAUUACUGUUGUUUGUCCCUCUUGAGCCACCGUAGCUAUAACAUACCCAGUAACACUUUCUCAAAAUAGGCUGAAUUAAUCUAAGAUAAAUCAAAAAUCUGUAAUUCAUUUUGACAUCUAACUAAGAUGUUUGGUGCAGUAUUUCUCAACUGGAAAAAUGUGCAUGAAACCUAGUCUUCUCUCGUUGAAUGACAAUGAACACUUCAUUGAAUAAUCCCGUCCAUAGCUCCCACUCCUACUAGGAGUAGGACUAUUGACCAAUCACUGAUGAAGGGGCGUAGACUUCGGCUACCGAACCUCAACUUGUGUCAAGAACAAAUGUUGUGUGCACGAACAGCCGAAAAAAAACCUGCCGAAGACCAAAACGAACCAAAACGUCACAAAAUCUAAUCAUAGUAUAUGCACAAACUGUUUUGACUGGGAAGCAUACGGUAUGCUUAACUCAUUGCUAGUUCUAGCCUGUCCCGAAGGAACCACUGCACUCACUGGGAGUCUGGGCUCCUCAAGUUAACACACUUGAAUAAUGCAACACGGCAAAAUGUUGCAACUGUUAAUUACUGUUCGCAAAACAAUGUCCAUUACAUGCAAAGAACACUUUCAAUGCAAGAAGAUACCGGUAGCUCCCAGCUUUGUAGGCUAACUUUCCUUUCUAGCUUACAGCUGAAGCUAACAUCAAUUCACUACCCUGGUACGUUGUUUGUGAUAAUAUGCAAACCAUAACGCAAAACAUGCUGAUUUCAGUCGGGAUUUUAGCAUGUAAAUCUUGGUGGGGCAAAAAAUAUAUAUAUAUUAUGUAAACGCAUGCCAGCAAAGCCACUACACAACACAACAGUAAACAAUACAUUAAUUGCACUAUAACGGUGACAAACGGUGCCCACAAACUGUUAGGGCCUACAUAAAGCUUUCCCAACAGCAGAGCUUUCUUUUCAGUACCAUGGAGUGAAUCCUUACCACUGCUACACCUGGCUGUCUUGUCUGGCAGCGAAACAGUUCAUUCAAUCUCAUUUACUGCCUUUUUUAAAAACAUAGCUGAUAUGGCUGACUUGCUUAAACAAAUGUGGUUUCUACUGACAAUUGAGAUGUACAAACUAUGGCAUAAGGGAACGAUGAGCCGAUAAGAGGCAAUCCGUAAUUUCGAUUAAGACAUUAAUGAGCGAGCUAAGACGGAUGUAGUCAAUAUAACUAUUUGUUCAGCACUUUUGAACAUGGGCCGUUCUUACAGUAUUCUCCCUGUACACCAAGUCAGAACUGUAGGAUAAAUAAAGGGGGCAUAUAAGCAGACAAUUUAAGCUCUUAUAAUAUUUGAUGAUGACAUUUCUCUAGAACAGGCUAUAGGCUACAUGUGCACCACCAAGUCAGAACAGUAGGCUAAGUUAUGAGGGGGAAAGUGACCAAAUUAUUAGGGUGAGGCACAUGGGCUACUAACAGCUCACUACACAACAUACACUUAGUAUUGCUUUCUUAGCUACUGUAUACAUAUCUCCCUGGCAUAUUACAUAAUUUAUGCAGCAGCAUACAAUACAUUUUUGUGCUGUGCUUACUUGAACAGGAAGGUGGCACGGCAGUCCUUCUUGUGGGCAGAUUUUGUCAUCAAACUUUGUCAUCAAAGUCUGGCGUUCUCUGGAUAUAUAGUGCUUUCAAGACAACUGAGAACUCUGAAAAAAACAGGGUCGAAUCAUGACGUCAGUGAUCUUCAGGUCAGAGCUCUAGAAAGAGGCCUGAGUUCCCAACUUGGAAUUCCGAGUUGGAUGACCAUUCAAAACUUAUUUUCCCAGUGGGGCUCGUUUUUUUCAGAGUUCCCAGUUGUGUUGAACUCACUGAAGUCUGAGAUUUCCCAGUUCCGAGUUUCCAGUUGUUUUGAAUGCGGCAGAAGUAAUGCUGGAUUGACAGCAUGGCCAAUGUUUUUAACCUUUUCUGGCCCAUGGUGUUGCAUGUGAAUGUUUAUCCUUUUAAGCUUGGAAAAUAGACCCUUAAACCCAGACUUGGACCACACACCCUCUCCAUUGAAUAGCAGGCUAUUGAUUGCUUUGCAACACUUGCAGUUAGCCACUGAUUACUUCCAAACCACUCAUUGUUGAAUUUGCGAUUUCCAUCUUGUUGUGUAAUGUUUAUGUCCAAUGGCCGAUGAGCACCGAUACGUUUUAUCUAUAAUUUCUCUUCAUAUGACAAGGAUCGAAAAGGAUUUGCCAGUAGAUUGUCGACUUGAUUCAUGAUGAUGACUGCUUGUCUAGCUUGCUAGCUAAGAUUUUGAAAGUAUGAUGUUGACAUGAUCAGUCCAAUCAAAGCUACGGUAGAUAUAAUGUGAUUUGACGUCAUUUUAUGUGUGGCCAAUGACCUUGAGCCUUCUUGGAUGGGCACUUCUAAUGUAAAUCAAUGGCAGCACCCAAGGGGCUUGAAUUUUCAAGCUCUCCCCAUAGAUGUUGCAGUGACUAGUCUCCCCAUGAGUGACAGAACACUGAGCCCAUCACGGCACAACUAGAGAACAUUACCAACCCCUACGCUUUUUAUUUUCCGCUGGCUGCCCCACCACCACAGAAAGCACUGAGCUAGGCUGAAACACCUGCAUUUUGAAGCUGCCUUACUCAAGAAAACAAAAAAGAGACCAUGUUUGUAUGCGGCUUUAUUAACUCAAUGAUGUUUUCUUUACAUUGUUUGCAAACUGAUAUGUGACACGUAUUAAUGCCAAAAUAACAUGCAAAACAGGCAACAGCUAAACAGGUGGGGCUCAAAACAAUGAAUGAUGGGUCGCCACUGGCUGAUUUCAAAGCUGAUUGUCACCAAAAACCAUACAGUCAUUGCAAAAAACAUUAUUCAUUCACUUCGUCUCCCUCGCCUCAGUCACAUCACUCCUGUUUCUCUCGCUGUGUGUGAAUGACGUCAUUAGAUCUUAAAGAGACAGUGCACACCUUUAUAAAAGAAGAGAUUGCUUCUUCUACUGUAUGCAAAUGUUUUUGAUCAGUACUAUAAAAUAGGUCCCAAAUGGAAAGGAAACAGAUCAUUUUCCAUCUGUAACCCCAUGAAAUCCGCCAAAAUAAGCUCAAUAACUCAAUGGAUGCACAUACUCCUAUUGAAUAUGCAUUCACCUGUAUUGUGAAUAGGCCUAGUCUACAGCUUGAUUUAAUAAUCAGAUUACCGUUAUGUACUUAGAUUGGUAAAAACAAAGUCAAAUUGUUUGUAUGCUUGUAUAAUUGAUUCAUUAAUACAUACAUGGCUGUCUCUGAAAAAUGGACAUCAAACAUUUCAAAUGUAAUGAUAUUGAACUCAAAAGAUCUGUCUGGAUCAUGUGCCAUUAUGUGACUUUGGCUAAUACGCCUUCUUUUUCUGCCAUGGUAUCGUUUUGGUAUCGUUUUUAAUAUCGUUUUGGUAUGAAGUAUCAUGAUGGUAUCGAGUAUUGUGAUACUAAAAGUCUGACAACACUAGUGGCAAUAUAAAGCAGAUGAAAUGUUGUUUUUCUUUCUUUUUCUGUUCCUCCUAAUCUAAUUCAAGUAUACAGACACUGACUGCUAGACAGAUCAUGACUAUUGAUUUAACUGUAAAGGUAACCUCUUUUGUGUAUUAUCAUGUCUCGUUUCAGUUUGCUAAUAUGGUGAGAUUGUACAAACAACUGGGACCAGAGGAAUUCCCACUGAUCGAGCAGGUUUACUAUCCCAACCACAGGGAAAUGGUGGGUGUUCUGCCAUCUGCUUCUCUCUACUCCUCCCCCACCACGACAUGACCAUGUCCUCACACUAAACAGACCUAAGCACAGUCUAAUAGGUUGCCCCUCUGUUUGGAUGACACACAUGUUUCUGUGUCCAGUAAGACUAAGACAAGGACAAAGGAAUAGCUAGCUCACAUCAAUAUUCUCAGAUCUAAUUACAGCAAUCUAUCUUAAUACUGGCUCUGAUCAGACUCAGGGUGCAUUUGUACAGGUCCUAGUAGAGCCAGAGUAGGUUUGAUUAUUCCUAUGCCCUAUGGAUCCCCUCAGUAGCACUGCACUGAGAUCAGUGUCUGUGUCUGUGUUGCCGCAGUGCUGCCCCCCUCCACCCCUGCAGUCUCAGGCCUGCUCUCGGCUCAGCUCGCCUCAACGAUCAACAUGAAUCAUUCCAUAACUGGAGUUUUACUUCUCCUUUUUGGGCUCAUGCUGGCCUCAGCAUUUUUCACACAAUGAAGUAGAUGUAGAUUUUGUAAUUACAAGGCUUCUCACUCAGUUGAUUUCACUGUAGCAUCUUAUCUAUAUAGCCCACUAAAACUUGAAGUGGCUUUCUUAUUUAGCUGCAUCCUGACACUUUCAGCAAAUAACAGCAACUUUGAGUUUAUAGUUUACUCAAUUAGCAAUUUACUAAGAAAUGCUGUGCUGUACAUUACCUUUAGUCAAACAAACAUACAUGUCUGAAGACUGUGUAGUAUGAUGUUUGCCAAUGGAGGAUGUUGUGUUGUCUUUUGCUCCAGAUCACCACUCCUGGUUUCCCUGUGGUGGUGAAAAUGGGCCACGCCCACUCAGGGAUGGGAAAGGUAGGACUGGACUGCUCUUGUUACUGUUGUAAAUGAGAUAAAGUAGGCCUGGAUCAGUGUUUAUGCUUCACAAGUCAUUACUAUGAACUUAAUCUUAUUCAAUCAUAUCUUUACCCUGUAGGUGAAAGUGGACAAUCAAUAUGACUUCCAAGAUAUUGCCAGUGUUGUUGCCCUGACCAAGACCUAUGCCACAUCUGAACCUUUCAUUGACGCAAAGUACGAUGUCCGCAUCCAAAAGAUUGGAGACAAUUACAAGGCCUACAUGUGAGUGAAAUAAAUGAGCUCCUUGUUGUGGUGUGACUCUGAGGUCAAUCCAUUCUACACAUUUCCAAGCUAUUUAGCACAGGCUACAGAUCAAAGACCAACUAGAUCCAUUUAGACUGCAUAUCCCAACAUGGAUGUGAAUUAGAUGAUCAAGAGAGAACAUGCUAAAUGGUAGAUCUUGUCUUUUUAACAGGCGGACAUCGAUUUCAGGGAACUGGAAAACCAACACUGGUUCAGCCAUGCUGGAGCAGAUAGCCAUGUCAGACAGGUCAGUGCUAACACAGACUGGGCCUUUGUGCAUCAGACAGACAGCAGUGGGUUCCGUAGUUAGUAACGGUGUUCUCCAACAUCAUAGGUAUCGGAUGUGGGUGGACUCCUGCUCUGAGGUGUUUGGUGGUUUGGAUAUGUGCGCUGUGGAGGCUCUGCAUGGGAAAGAUGGCAAGGAUUACAUCAUAGAGGUAAAGGAUUAGAAGUAUUUUAAACUAUUUACAUCAAGUUGCUCUUAUACCUGUGUAGUAACACUGUAAUAACACUGAUAUCAACAUUGUAUUAACAUUUCAUUUCCCCUCUCGUUCUCGCAGGUGGUGGGCUGCUCCAUGCCCCUGAUUGGAGACCAGCAGGAUGAAGACCGUGCUCAAAUUGCAGAAUUGGUCGUCUCCAAAAUGAAUCAGACAGUCCCACACACUGCAAGUCCCUCUGCUGUCCGCCCCACAGCUGCACAGCCCGCACAGGUGACACACUGUUGCUAACCACAACUCAGUUUAUUACACUUAUAAUGAGUUAACAAUUGUCAAAAGGUGUGUGUUUAGAUGAGUGGUCUCUUUUGUUAAUUGGCCAGUAUAUUUGGUCAAAAUAUCAACUAAAAGUGUAUUUGUAACCCAUUAACUCUGUGUCUCAUUGUGAUAUGUUGGCCAUGCAGAAAGCUGCAUCCCCUCAGCCCAUCUCACAACCCAAAGUGCCACAGGCUCAGCAACGCCCUCCUCCACAAGGUAAGACAAUGGAUCUAUAUUAAGGUCCCAAAUCCCAAUGGACACUAUUUGCUUUUGUGCAUUAGCUGGUAAUAAGAUAGCUACAUUGUUGUUUUUAAAUGACUGCUUGAUAGGGACUCUGGACUCUGGAUAAACAGUGCUCUGUCUCCUCCAGGUGGCCCACAACAGGCCCCCACCAGCACUGCUGCCCCUCGCCAAGGCCCCCCCUCCCAGCAGCGCCCCUCACCCCAAGGCCAGCCCCCUGCACAUGCCCAGCCCCCUGCCCCCAGCUCCAACACCCAGAACCCCCCUGCCCAGGCACCACAGCAGGCCAGACAGGCCAACCCAGGAGCUGGGGCCCAGCAGCGUCCCCCAGGGCAGGGGCAGAAACCCCCCUCUGUUCAGGGCUCCCCCCAGCGAUCCAUGAGCCAGGGGGGCUCCCCUCAGAGCCAGAGGCCACAGCAGUCAGGUCCCCAGCAGCAGCAGAGACCUCCCCCUGGAGGCCAGGGCCAGAAGCCCACAGGGGGCCAGCCCCAGCAGAGGCCCCAGCAGAAGCCAGGCCAGCCCGCCAGGCAGCAGUCCCAGGGAGGAGGUUCCCAGGCCCCCCAGCAGCAGAGGGCUCCAGCCCAGCAAGGUCGCCCCGGGGCCCCUACCACUCAGCAGCCCCGCCCUAGUGCCCAGGGCCAGGGAGGCCCCGGAGGGAAACCCCCUCUGCAGCAGAAGCCCCAGCCCCCGCUGAAGCCCAGCCAUGACCACCCUGCUAUGGGAGCCACCCCUCCACUGAAGUAAGCAAAGCUUUCCUAAAAUAUUCCAAAACAUUCAAUACAAUAUACUUUUAGCUUACUGUAUCCUAACUGUAUUACUCAAUAGCUCAAUAUUUGAUGUAACAUCCUCCUGUUGUUUUUGCCAGAUGUAAAUUGACACCAGUCAGCCACACAGGAUGCUCUGUCUAUCUCACUCUAAAAUAAGGAUGGUUGUAUAACUGAUGAGAGGAUUCUAUGUUCCAGAUUUAGCUUUCAUUUAUUUUUUAUCUUCACCAUGGGGACUGAUGUGCAUGAUCCUGUUAUUCCUGUAGGCUAGAUAUUGAGAUAAAUAUAGAAUAUGCAAAUAAUCUAUGUUUUGUAAUGGGAUAUGUUAGAAGAUCUUCAUAGUGUGAUUCGUUAUUUGAUCGACAUUACAAAUGUUUGGACUGGGUGUGCAUGAAUCACUCAUAUGCCUAAAUCUUGUGGACUUUUUUGUAUUAUGUAAAAUCAUGCUCAAAGGAAGGUUUUUUCACACUUUGUGUACUGCACACUAUUCCAGAAGCCUUUUUCAAAUGACUGCCAUCAACUAGAAUUUCCUGCACUCCCUCAAACCUUUUCUUUGUUUGACAAACCUUGGGACUUUGUUGUAGUUAAUAUUUUGUACUCCCCUUUAUCAUUGGUCUACAAAAUAAUUUGCAGAAACUGUAGAAUUGUGUGUUAAAAUAAUUACAAUUGAGCAUGCGAUUAUAUGCAUGACUGAUCAAGUUUUGAUUCAGAUUAUUCUUCACAGGGUUAAACUAUAACAUUAAAUGUGUCCAAUUUCAGGAUACACUGAAAAAGUCAUGAAGACAUGGUGGCUAUUACUUUUCCAUUGAUGACCAGGAAAUUACAAGGACCAUUUUUGAUCAUGCUAGAUUUCAUGGUCUCAUUGACGAGAGGUUGGUAUUGUAUUAAAUACCAUCGGUAUGACCAUGUUCAAUUUCUUAGUAAUUCUCUGGUGAUUAAUGAAAAAUGAAGUUUUUACAUAAUUUAAAACUAGAGUAGUGUUCUUAGAAAAAGGAAGAAAGGAAUCGCUGCUAGGAUACACAACAGUAGGUCUUUGUAGAUUGAAGGUGCUCUUUGGUGAAGGGGUUAAUUGGUCAUUAAAAAAACAAGGAAGAGCAAGGUACUCGUCAUAUCAUUAAAAUACCUUUAUUGGUACGGCAUGUUCAAUGGAACAAAGAUUUAAAAGAGCAGUGUUCCUUAGUGCAUGUGAUAGAGGGCACAAAUGUGGAAGGAGUCGGAGAAAGUGUUAUGUAGUAGAUUAUGUAGGCUUCUAGAGUAUAUUGCAUCAGGAAUAUGGCUUUAACAAGCUAUUAACAGUCAAAGCUGCAAGCAAUUCCUUCAAUUCAUUUCUCGUUGUGCCCUCCAGAACUAGGAACCCUGGUCAAAAUAAAAAUAGAAAAAGAGCAUGCGUUUGCAUACAGAUCAGUCAUUCACUGAUCAAGUUGAGCUGAUCAAUGCACUGAAUCAGUUAUGUAAUGAAUUACAUUACAUACUGAAGGAACUCGUCUCUCUCUCUCACUUUCUCCAGCCAUGCCCUAGUCUUACCAUUCCAUGGGUUUGCUGCAUGACGUUAAUAGCCUCUUCCUCUCCUCUAUUGCCAUUUCCUCUCUUUAUAGCAAGUCCCAGUCUCUUACCAAUGCCUUCAACAUUCCAGAAACCCCAGCCCCGCAGGCCAGCCUUAGCCAGGACGAGGUGAAGGCUGAGACCAUACGCAACCUACGCAAAUCUUUUGCCAGUCUCUUUUCAGACUGAGAGAUGGAGUAAGCCCCCCUCCCACACCGACAGAAAGACAGACAGACUGAAAGACAGACCCUUCCCUGCCAAUGCGCAAAGGACCAACAGGACUUCACCUCCCUAUUAUUGACAUUGAUGUACAUUGAUGUGAAACUGCAUUAUACAACACCCACUGCCUAUACAUAUCAAGACCACACAUAGACUAUAAUACAGCUAGGUUUGUUGGUGUCAGUCUGAAACAUUCCCAGUCACCUUCCCAUUCAAAAUGAUUUGUACACUCACACACACACAC